UGCCGUUUUGACAUAUUGCCGUUUUGGUUUUUUGCCGUUUUGACCUGUUACCAAAACGAUACUCAACCAAAAUUCGUACUCAACGAAAUCAACCAGUCGAAUAAGCCCAAAAUGUCCAUUGUUUGUCGUCGUCGGUAGUCUUUAGCCAAUGUAAAAUCAUGAGCCUUGCUUCUGGUCGAGAAAAGCGAGUGACAGCUGGCAACCGGCUUGAUCGUAUGCUGGCUGAAGAAGCUGAUGAUGACGACUUUUACAAAACAACAUAUGGUGGUUUUUCAGAGGAAGUUGAUGAUAAUGAAUAUGAAAGUGAGGCUAGUGGAAAUGAAACAUCAAGUGACAGUGACAUUAGUGCAUCGGAGGACGAUGAACCUGAAUCGGACAAUGAAGAUGAGGGACCAAAAAGAAAGAGACGAGUUGUCACUAAAGCAUACAAAGAGCCACCAAAGAAAGUUGCUCCAUCUAAACCUAAAGUCACCAGUAAGUCUAGAGAAAAGACAACAAGUGAGAAGAAAACUCCCCAGAAAAUGGACAUAGACCCAAGGGAAGAAAAUUUGUCUUCAUCUUUACGAAAGUCAUCAAGACGGUCUACAAUACAAAGAGUGACAGAAUUCAAAAGCAGAAUCAAAGAACGAGAAGAAAGAGCCAAGAAAAUGAAAGAACAGAUAUCAAAGAAAAAUAUGCCAGAAGUACGUCGUCUGACACAGGAAGAACUGCUGAAAGAGGCCAAAAAGACAGAAAUUGAGAAUAUAGCAUCUCUUAAGGCAUACCAGCUUCUAGAAGAAAGUAGGAAGAAGCAGAAAUUUACAAAGCAGGUGUACAAAGGUCCAACGAUCAAAUACCGGUCAAUGUCCAUGCCGUUUGUUCAAGAGAUUGCUCCAGAAACUAACAGUCAUGAUAUUGUUGUCGACAAUGACAGCAUGUCCCGAACCAGGUCAUCAACUGAACAGAAGAAAUGUUCAAGAAACUUCAUUACAUUCAGCGACGUGAACACGUACAAUGAGUACUUCACGCACAAAAAAAUGAGAAGCCACGGAAAGCAGAUAUGUCCUGUUACACGACUCCCUGCCAAGUACCUUGAUCCCAUCACAAACAUCCCUUACGCAACUAUACAAGCUUUUAAGUUGAUCCGAGAGACAUACGUACCGGAUCAUACUGAGGCGUUGCUUGAAUAUAGAAAAACAAUCAAACACUACCCACAACCAAAAGCCAGUUAAUCACAACUACAUCUGUAUUCUUUCAUACUAUUUUGUAAAUUAAACUGACAAAAUGUA